CGUUCCUGCCAACGCCCAACCUGCGCUACCUGGACUUGGGCUCCAAUCCGCUGUGCGGCGUGGAGCCGGCGCUGCUGCGGCCAGUGCCGCUCCUCGACGAGCUGCACCUGCGCGGCGUCCGCCUGGACGACGUCGCCUUCCUUUCCCGGCUCAACCUGAGCCUCCUGCGGGUGCUACGCGUGAGCAACAACCGCGUCGGCGAGGUGUCCGCCGCCGAGCUCGGGGCGCUGCCGCCGAGCUCGGGGUGCUGCCGCGCCUGCAGUUACUCGACGUCGUGGGCAACCCCCUCUCCUGCGGCUGUGACAACGCGUGGUUGAGCGACUUCCUGCUAAACUCGAGCCGCGUGCAAGCGCCGGGGCUGUGCCGCGACUGCUCCCGGGCCGCUGCUCUUUGCCUGCUGCUCGUGCGCCGUCGCCCUCGUCAUGCUCACCGCCACCGUCUUCAGGUUCUGGCGCUGGCACCUGCUCUACGGAUACCACCUGCUCUACGGGUACCACCUGCUCGCCGCUUGGCUCGGGGAGCGCGGGAGGCCUGCGCGGCAGCCCGGCCCGAUACGUUACGACGCGUUCAUGUCCUACAACAGCGACGACGAAGAGUGGGUCACGCGCCAGCUGCUACCGCAGCUCGAGGGCACCGGCAUGCGCCUCUGUCUGCACCACCGCGACUUCGUGCCGGGCAAGGACAUCGUGGACAACAUCAUGGACGGCAUCUACGCGAGCCGGCGCACGCUGUGCGUCGUGAUGCGGAGCUACCUGCGCAGCGAGUGGUACUCCAAGGAGCUGCAGGUGGUGGCGUUCCGUCUCGAGGAGAACCAGGACGUCCUCGUGCUCCUCUUCCUCGAGCACAUCCCUCACAACGAGCUGUCCGCCUACUUCCGCAUGCGCCGCACCACCCGCUCGCGCACCUACAUCACCUGGCCCGGCGCCCGGGAAGACUCGUUCGCCCGGCGGGGCCGGCGGGGCCGCACGGUGGCCCCCGCGGGGUCGGAGGGCGCCUGCAAGCUCUUCUGGCACCGCGUGGUCGGCGCGCUAGGGCCCGGGGGGCGCGGGGACGAGGGGUGCGGGGUCGCAGAGGAAGGGGGUCCGCUGGGAGCCCCGCUGGUGCACGCCUGCUGACCCGCUCGCCGUGGCGAUGGUGACAAUGGUUGAAGGUGGCGUUGGUCGCAAUGAUGGUGAUGCCUGCUCAAGGCAACCGAACAAAUGUCCAAGUUUGGUCGGCGGGUUCGUAAUGGCAGUGUCCCGUAUCCACCCGCAUGCCUUCUCCCCACCGCCUGUUGCUUUUGUGAGAAUGUGGAGUUUAGCGCUGGGUGUAACAUCUUGUGGGUUCGUCCUCAACUCUUUACAUAGGCAGUGCUACCGGAGCAGUGGGUGAGGCUGAUGUUAAGACAUGGCAAAUGGAGCGCUAGCUGAACGGGGCUAGUGGCUGGGUGGGCGUGACGAUGUAAAAAGUGGGUGUGGCUAUGCAAAUGCGUCUGAGCAGGGGGGGGGGCACUGAGUGGGUGGUGCUGGUGAUUGAUCGUUAACGCCAGGGUGCAUCGGUGUUAAGAAAUCGAGUGCUUUGACAUUUGGGGAAUGUUCGUGGUACUUUACGUUUAUUGUUGUUGUGGUUCAUGUCCAUUAAUAAAAACACGUUGUCUGACCCC